AUGCAUACCAAACGUGACCUAUUAAUACUGCAUUGGCUUCAAGCUGUUCUUUCCUCGGAUAAAUUCGAAAUUAAUUUUCUACCUGGCGAUGCCAGUUUCCGUCGCUACGCACGAAUAAGGAAUAAUAACAAAACAUUUAUGUUGAUGGAUGCACCGCCAGACAAAGAAAAUUGUAGAACUUUCGUGAAGAUUGAUGAAUUUUUCGCUGAGCAUAAUGUUCGUGUACCACACAUCGAAGCCAAGGAUCUUGAACAAGGAUUCCUACUUCUGGAAGAUUUUGGUGAUGUUCUAUUAUCGACGUUACUUGAUGGACCAUCUGUAGUUACGCAUUACAACCAAAGCUUAAAACAAUUGCAUCAAAUUCAAUCAAUCAACGGUGAAGGUGUCUUUCCGGUGUAUACCCACGAAAAGUUAAUAUCUGAAAUGAAUUUGUUAACCGAUUGGUUGUUGCCAUCAUUAAAAAUUGAACCAGAACCGGAAGAAAAAGCAGUGAUUAGACAUACAUUCACGAUUCUAGCCAAUGCAGCCCUAGCACAACCGCAGGUAAUCGUGCAUCGUGACUUCCAUAGCCGCAAUUUACUGAUAACAGAUGGUGAGCAAGAGCAGGGUAUUAUCGACUUCCAGGAUGCAGUCAUUGGGCCCGACACGUAUGACCUAAUUUCAAUAACCCGUGAUGCUUACAUUCAACGGAAUCGUGAUCUGGUCAAUGAUUGGUUCACAGCAUUUUAUGACAUGCUGCCUUCGUCUGCUAAAGAGAGUCGUGAUUUUAAACAGUUCCAAAAAGAUGCUGAUUUCAUGGCCAUUCAACGUCAUAUCAAAAUAUUGGGUAUCUUUGUGCGUCUUUUCGAACGUGACGGUAAAUCAAAUUAUUUGAAGGACAUGCCAAGAGUUAUGUGGUAUUUACUUGAAGAAAGUGAGCCGUAUGCAGAAUUGCAACCCUUUAUGCAAUUUAUUCGAGCGCGAGUAUUACCGAAAUUUGAAGCCAAGUUUGGCUUGUACAAGGUUGUUGCAUGA